CCGAGUCGAGUAGCCUGACGGUGGCGGCGGCAACGGCAGUGUCGUCUCGACCACGAUCACGACCACGACGACAGCGACGACCACGAUCACGGCGACCACGGCGACGACGACGACAGCAGCGGCGGCGGCGACAGCAGCACCCAACCGGCACCAUACCGGCGACGGCACGCAACGCGCGCGCACACGUACACUCGAACACACGCGCGCAUAGACGCAGCAGACAUCGGAGAGUCGAGACAGUGAAAAAUUAUUAUUAUUUUUUUUUUUUAAAUCUAAACGAGCCGCGUAAGCGUUUUCAUUUUACACACACACACACACACACACACACACACACACACAUAUUAUAUAUAUAUAUAUUCAUUUUUGUGAGUGUGCGUAUCUCUUCCACGGCACUACGACUAUAUAGAGUCCACGGCCGACACCACCGCGGUGGCAUAAUAAUUACACGCAUAGGCGUUCGCGCGCGUGCCACUCGUUUUCCAGUCGGCUCGGUCGGUCACAGUCAGUCAAUCAGUCAGUCAGUCAGUCAGUCCGCCGACCACUGCUCGCGUGCACGACCGCGGGCCACGGUGCAGUACCCCGACGUCGACCUGAAGCAACGGGCGGAUAACGAUAUCGGUCCGCGCGAAAAAUUCGAGAGCGGCGGCGUGAGCGGUGCAUCGUCGAAAGGUAUAGCGAUAUAUAGCGCAUAUAUAUAGAUCGCGUGCACCACUGCGGCCUGCAUUCUCGAUUGGUGCUAUGUGUACGACGAUACGCAUGGACUGCUUGGAUCGGGUCGGACGGUUAAGACGGCAGUGGCUGCAGCACGUGGUGUCUUCCGGAUCGAUAGUUACGGUGGUGAUAAAAAUGCGCCAGCACCAGCAACACCACCCGAUGCAUCAGUCGUUAUCGUGUUGCUGAUAAUAACAACGGAAAAAAUUGCUGUCGAAGAAACAAAACUCAGUGGUAGCCACCCACUAUCACUCUCAAUCAAUGAUUGAUCGUUAGUAGCAAAACAUACAAACAAACGAAACAGCAACAUUUUUGCGGCCGCUGCGAUAUUAUGCUAUAUACCUGCAGUCGGGUGCAGUGGCGACGGCGGCCUACUACGGUAGUGGCUGCUGUGUUGUUGGCGCUCGCGGUAUUAACACCACGGAUAUCGACAGCACAGAAGCUAUUACAAACACCAACGAAAGGCGGAUUAACUCCUUCAGCAUCAUCACCUUCCCAAAAUAAUAUCAAUUAUUUCGCUGUAAACGAAGCUAAUUCACCAUUGGCCAUUUUGGAUUUGCUUGAAGCUACUAUGCAAAUAUACCACAAUUAUCAACAUCAUUACAGUGGUAGUAAUAAAAGUGAUACUACUGGUUUUACAUUGGGAGUCCUACUCGUGGCUGUAUCAGAAGAUGAAUUUUCUAAUCCCGAUGUUUUCCCUCCCAACCGGUUAAGGCCAGCAUAUAGCAUGCAAGGUACGUUGAGACAGUUAAAAGUUCCUGACAUUAUUUACAAACGUGCAAUUCAAUUAUUACGAGGAGCGGACGAGUUAACUAUAGCUGCAGUAGUACGUCAAGAACGUGCUAACACUGGAUCUAUAGUAUCAUUUUCCCUCGACUCCAACAGAUAUUUGGAAUUAGAAUCAAGUGGACGUAAAGAUGAGGUGAGGCUGCACUAUGUUUCACAGAGUAGCCGUCGUGUUCAUACCGAAGUGUUUGCGUACUCCCUGGCUGAUGGCCAUUGGCAUGCUGUGGCCGUAACACUGAGCGGUACACAAGCACGUCUUUUCAUAGACUGCCGUCUAGUAUACACGCGCACUUUGGUCGCUGGACCAGCUGACACUAGUUUUCUAGGAUCGCCAGAUCUGUACGUAGGCCAACGCAACAGAGGAGUACAUUCAAUUUUCAAGGGACUUUUACAAGACGUCCGGUUAAUUAGAGGGGCAGACGGGCAACGUGUACAGUGCCCUAACCUGGACACAUCAUGUCCAACGUGCGGCCAAUUCAUCGCCAUGCAAAAAACGAUGGAAAACCUGAACAAAAUUGUGCAUUUGUUGAGUAACAAGCUCGAGGCAGCCGAAAUGAGAAUUGCUGAAUUAGAAACAUGUGAAUGUCGCAAACCAUGCGUACAGUUUGACGAACGAAGUAAUAACACAGUAAUGAAAGUUGAUGGGUCAGUGUGGCAACAUGAAUGCCAAACGUGUACAUGUUUGCGUGGUCAAGUAGAAUGUUCACCGGUUAGAUGUCCCUUAGUCGAUUGCAAGUUCCCAAUACGAAAAUCUGGUGAAUGUUGCGACACUUGUCAAAAAUCAUGCCGAGCUAAAGGUGAUAUAUUAUUUGAACACGGUGACACUAUAAAUUUGGAACCAUGCUUAACCUGCAUUUGUCUCAAUGGAGUUGUCAAGUGUGAUAGAGUAGACGCACAAACUCAAUGUCCAGUCUUGGAAUGUGACAUAUCUGAACAAUUUUCCGUACCCGAUCAGUGUUGCAAAUUUUGUCCAGGCGUCGAUUAUUGUGCACGAGGUGGACGUGACUUGUGUCAUCCGAACUCUACUUGUAUCAAUCUAAAAACCACACACAAGUGUGCGUGCGCUGUUGGGUACGCUGGCACCGGUUUACAGUGUGAUGAUGUGGACGAGUGCUCGAGCGUCGGCGGACCAAAUGGACACCACUGCGACGUCAACACUACUAUUUGCGUGAACACACCAGGGUCGUACGCAUGCAAGUGUAACACCGGGUACGCGCGUCUCAACAGGUUUGAAUGUGUGGACGUCGACGAGUGCAGCAGCGCAGAACCACCGUGUCACGUACACGCCGCUUGUGCCAACUCGCCGGGCAGUUACAGCUGCAAGUGCGCUGACGGUUACGAAGGAGACGGGUAUACUUGCAGACCUGUGUGCCACCAAAAGUGUUUGAACGGAGGUGUGUGCACACGGCCAGAUGUGUGCUCAUGCCCCAACGCGUUCGAGGGGCCUGCUUGCGAGCUGGACGUGGAUGAGUGUACCACAGGGGCGCAUGGAUGUCUGGGCCCCUCGUCUCGGUGCGUCAAUAUGGCUGGAUGGUAUUACUGUGCGUGUAGCCCGGGGUACCAGAACGUGAUCAUGUAUCCUGCUUCGGCCGACAUCGCCACCACAGCUUCUAGUGACUUGAACGCGAUGGAAUCGGCCUGGUCGCCUUCGUUGGGUACAAUGUGUCAAGAUAUCGACGAAUGCGCGACUAAUAACCAUACAUGUCAUCCGACGGCUACAUGCGUGAACACCGUAGGAUCGUAUGAAUGCAAAUGCCCUACGACCUAUGACAAUGCCGGCAACAUCUCUUCGAAAUGUAAAUCGAGUUGCUUGUAUAAGGACGGCAGUAACGCAGUGACAGAAGUAAAUGACGGCGCCUGGUUCUCAAAAGAAUGCACCAACUGCACGUGUACAAGUGGACGUUUACGUUGCGCACGAAUCGAGUGCGAUUGCACAAACAACGACCAUGUACAAUCGAUUUGUUGUGCUCAUUGUAACGCACAAGCGUCCUGCGUUCAUCAAGAAUUGACGAAUGUGAGGUUCCGUAGUGGCCAACAAUGGAUAUACCAGUGCCAGACAUGCGAGUGUUUAAUGGGCCAAGUGGAUUGUUGGCCGAUGCAGUGUCCACCGAUGCUGCCCGCGGGAGUGGGAAGUUGUAGGGACUCCACGGCAGCCACGUUUGCCGAAUACAACAACCCGGUAGCCGAUUGUUGCGCACCGAGAUGUGAUUCCAAAGCCGUUGCAUCAGGUUCAUCGGCAGCGACGACCACGACUGCAAUGGCCGCUGCUGAUCCGUGUCUACAGCAGCAGCUACAGCUACAGCCACUAGACGACUAUCGGCGAGCCGGUGGCGAAGUAAACGACGAAGACGACGACGACGACGACGACGGCGACGGCGACGGUGACAACAACCACAGUAAAAACAAUGACGACAACGACAACAGAAAUAACAGCAAUAACACUACGCCGUCUCCCUUAGGCCAACCGUGUUUUUACGGUGGACGCGCCUAUCAGUCGGGAGCCCGUUGGGAUGAUCCGGUGGAUAUGUGCACGUCGUGCGAUUGCAAGGUGCCGCCGUACUGCGCCCAAUCGGACGGAGUACUAUGUUGUUCUUACAACGUGCACCACUGCAAUAAUAGUGCUAUUGCCAGUGCAUCAAAUCAAUCAUCAACUACAGACGUCAACUAUAAUGUGUCUACUUAUCAGCCUCAUCAUAUUUCUAAAGAAAAUACCAGUAGUGAAUCUACCGAUACGAAAUUACGGCCAGAUGUUGUUAAACGGAGUCUUAGGCGUCGAAGACAAGCAAACAUGGUUAACAAUGAUGACAGUAACAUUAGGGAUACUGUCAAUAUUACUUCUGUUGAAUAUAGUAAUAAUAACAAUAAUAGUUUUAACAAAAAAGACUGGUGGUGGAGGAAAACAAGGCGACGAAAAAGAAGAAGGACUCAAAAUACGAGUAGCCGUCGGAACCAAAUUAAUAGUGUUAGUAGUGAAAAACAUUUUAACAGUAAUAAUAAGUUUAUCAAUAAUUUUGGCAUUAAUAGUAAAAAUGAAGACAAUAAUAUUAAUGAUAAUAACGAUAACCACCACGAUAGAAUUGUUGUAAAGACUGUUGUUGUUACUUGAAGUAGAUUUUAUUUAUUGUAUUUGAUGAGUGAUGACGAGUCGAGAGAAAAGAUAACUGCAAGCUAAACCGGCGGCAACAAUAUAACAUUUAAUUUAAAUAAUACAAUUUAAGUAUUUAUUAAUAGUAAAAAUCAAAGGUAACAUAUUAUAAGAUAGGUACCUAUAUAACAUAAUCUGUUGCCUACGUUCUUGAUUUUAAUUUAAAAAUCAGUUUUAUACUCGUUCAAAAUCGUUGCCACCGCCGUUUGCUAUUUCCGCUGUGAUAAUAUAUAAUACAAAUAAUUUUAAUGCUAUUAGUGUAAUAUGUAUACCAUAUACAAUUUACCAACAUAAUUAUUAUAUAUUACGUGUGUAUGUAUGUAUAUAUAAUAUACAUUAUAGACAAACAGCCCAUGUCUCCCCUCCUCUCCGCUAUCUAUUUGUUAUAUUUUGCAAUUUUAAAAAUGUACUAUUAUAAUAUUAUUAGAUAAGUUUUAUUAUUAUUAUCAUUAUUAUUAUUAUUAUUA